ACUUUUAACCGUAUUCACUUCCUCCGUCGUCUUCUUCCCUCUUUCAAAUCCAUCCUUACUUCCAAUUCACAAACUUCUGUAACCUGCGCCAAGAACCCUGCAACUUCGUCUCACAGCAUUCGAACUUCCCUUCCAUUCUUGAGCUAUCUUUAUGGCUAGAAAGGCAAGGCUCACCAUGAGUUCAACAACGCCAGGUAAAAUUAUUCUUUUUUUGUCCUUAUUCGUCUUCUUUUACAAAUUUUCGACCGUUCCGAUAGCCGUUGCCGAGAAUGUUAGGUUCGACUUCUCUUCUUUCGGUAUUAGGAAUCUCACUCUCCUCGGCGACUCUUACCUCAGAGAUGGUGUUGUAGGCCUUACCCGAGAGCUUAGUGUCCCUACUUCCAGCUCCGGAAGUGUUAUCUGCAAUUUACCGAUUUCCUUCUUUGAUCCUGAGACCAAUAGCUCAGCUUCUUUUUCUACCAGAUUCUCUUUCGCGAUUACCAACGUCAGUCCGAGCUCAUAUGGUGAUGGGUUGGCGUUCUUCCUGUCCCCUGAUAAUCAGACUCUUGGAAGCCCAGGUGGGUUUCUAGGUCUUGUUAAUUCUUCUCAGAUGACCAAGAAUAGUUUUGUUGCUGUGGAAUUCGACACUCGUUUGGAUCCCCAAUUCAAUGAUCCAAGCAACAACCACAUUGGGUUGGAUAUUAACAGCCUAAAUUCAAUCAAGGUGGAAGACCCCACUUUGAGUGGUAUUGAUCUUAAGAGUGGUAAUUGGAUCACGGCAUGGAUUGAUUACAAAGACGAUCAGAAGAAGUUGAAUGUCUGGAUGAAUUAUUCAAGUUCCAAACCAGAGAAACCAAUGCUUUCGGUGGACAUUGACCUCUCUAAAUAUCUCGCGGAAACCAUGUACGCGGGGUUCUCGGCAUCUACUGAGGGUAGCACAGAGGUUCAUCUGAUCAAGGAGUGGACCUUCCAGACUUUUGGAUUCCAACCUGUGAAACCACAUUCUCCGCCUCAGAAUGAGUCUGAUAACUCGAAGACUUAUGGCAUUCCAAUAAUUCCUAUCUCUAAUUCCACCAACAAAACCCAAAAAAAUCUUGGUUUGGGCCUUGGAAUUCCUGGUACAGCUUUAUUUUUUGUAGUUGGCAUGGUGUUUGGCUGGAUAACUGUUAGGAAAUGGAACAUCAUUGGGACAGAUGCUAGCUUCAAACAAGAGCUUUUGAAAGGCCCGAGAGAAUUCGGUUACAGAGAGAUAAAAGCUGCGACAAAAGGGUUUUGUCCCAGCCGAGUCCUUGGCCAUGGAGCAUUUGGAACCGUUUACAAAGCUUGUUUUCUCGGUUCAGGAACUAUUUCUGCAGUUAAAAGAUCAAAACAUUCUCACGAAUGUCUAACCGAAUUCCGUGCUGAACUCUCCAUAAUAGCUAGUUUGAGGCACAGGAAUCUAGUUCAGCUUCAGGGUUGGUGUGCUGAGAAGGGUGAGUUAUUGCUAGUCUAUGAAUUCAUGCCUAAUGGGAGCCUUGAUAGCAUCCUGUAUCAAGAACCUGACGAGGGUGUCUCACUAAAUUGGUCCCAAAGAUACAACAUUGCAUUGGGGAUUGGAUCUGUUCUGGCUUACUUACACCAGGAAUGUGAGCAGCAAGUCAUCCACAGAGAUAUAAAGACCAGUAAUAUAUUGCUGGAUGGAAACUUCAAUCCAAGGCUUGGAGAUUUUGGCCUUGCAAGGCUCAUGGAGCAUGACAAGAGCCCUGUUUCAAGUCUAACAGCUGGGACAAUGGGAUAUCUUGCUCCUGAGUAUCUUCAAUAUGGAAAAGCAACUGAAAAGACAGAUGUUUUCAGUUUCGGUGUGGUUAUACUUGAAGUGGCCUGUGGGAGGAGGCCUAUAGAGAAAGAUGUAAAUAACCAUAAGGUGGUUAAUUUGGUGGAUUGGGUUUGGGGUUUGCACUCCAAAGAUAACCUUAAUGAAGCAGCAGACAAGAGGUUGAAUGGGGAAUUUAAGGAGGAGGAAAUGAGGAAGUUGUUGCUUGUGGGUCUGAGUUGUGCAAACCCAGAUUGCAAGGAUAGACCUUCAAUGAGAAGAGUCUUCCAGAUCCUUAAUGGUGAGGCAGAGCUUCCACUUGUUCCAAAGAUGAAACCAAGUAUUACUUUCUCAAGCAGCUUGCUAUUGAGCCUCGAAGAUAUCAUUUCUGAGUCUGAAGAGAGCAAGGCACCUAGCCGUUUGAAUGAGAUCAUAAUCAACUGAGACUCAGACGAGGUUCAUCCAGAAGAAAGUUGGGAGUUGUUAAAAGCAACAAUAUCUCGCAGUCUUUAUUGUCUUCUAAUGAAACCACAACUGAAAUUCUAAGCCACAGCAGCAAGGAUCGGAAUAAACUGGAACUGAGAGGAUAGGUGUGCUUGUCUUUUUCUGUUUCUUUUACUCUUAUUUUUCUCUUGCUAUUUUUUCAUUCUUUAUUUAUAUUUGUAAAAGACAAGUAUGUGGCCUUUUCUGUUAUCAUAGUCAAAAGUGCCUCUUGGGAUGAUUCGUUCUCCUUGCUU